AUGGGUCCUACUCUUCUCCGUGAUGUGCCUUAUUCCAUGGCUUUCUGGUUCGUAUUUGACAACUUGAAACUGCGUCACUUAAUUGGCCAUCUAACACCAUCAGAACUCAAAAAUAUGGACUCUACCAGAUUGCCGGACCUUAAUUUCUAUCACGCCUUUCUGUACGGAGCAUCGGCUGGACUGGUUGCCGGUGUCCUGACUCAUCCAUUUGAUGUUAUCAAAACUCACCGCCAAGUUGAGCUCGGGGAGGCCAUGUUUCUCGGCCGAAAAUCUCCAAAGUCGUCAUGGGCUUCUUUGUGCCGUUUGUACAGUUCUGACGGUCUUCAAGCAAUUUUUGCAGGCUUCACCCCACGCCUACUGAAAACCGUCCAUGCCUCGGCCAUCAUGAUCACCAUAUUUGAAACGUUCAAGGGCUAUUUUUCUGGACAACAGAUGAUGUGA